ACUUUAUAAACUAAAUGUUUAUAAAGAAAUGUGACAUUGACCUGUCCCUCCUCACCUGUCUGUCCUGUCUUCUCCCUGUAGGUGUCAGCGGCUCUCAGAAGGCGUCCACCUUUGGGUUUAACUCCACCCAUGUGGACACAAGCUCCGCCCCCAGUGAUGAUGUCAUUGACCCUGAAGCCCCCAUGUCCUCCCCUUUGUCCCCCAGUAAGACGCCCCCCCCCCUUCCUGAGAAGAAGCGACACAUCCAUCAGUACCUGCAGUUCUGCUCCACGUCCUCCACCGACCCGUCUGCAGUUUCAUUCUACCAGAAAUAUAAAGUCCGACAGCGAGAUCAAGACUCCGCCCACCAGCUGGAUCACCUGACCACAGGCUCCGCCCCCUCUGUAGGUCCAUUUCCUGCCCCUGCUUUACCACCAAAGAAGAAACAGCAGGACACACAGUCUGACAACGAGGACAGUUCUGUGGACCACCAGCAGGGGUCAGAGUUCAGCCAGAGAAACGGAGAGGAAGAUGAAGAAGACGAGCUCCUAUUGGCUGACCCAAACGAGAUCCGUCACAGAAUCACUCUGAAGUCUGAGGAGGAGGAGGGGCCAGACGUGAAGGCUGCGUCUCCUGAGAUCCUAUUGGUCCAAGCCACACAGCCCGGCAGCAGCGAACAGAACCAGUACCAGGAGGCCUUUCUCUGCACCUACCGGGGCUUCGCCACGCCCAGUGAUGUCAUCAGCAAGCUGCAGCGCAGGUACAGAAUCCUGAGGGAAGGCGGCGCCGCCGACCUGACGGCCGCCAGGAACUCCAUCCAGCUGCUGGUCAGAGUGGUGGCUGGGCUCAGUUCUGUGGAGCUGGAACCUGAUUUGCUGCUGCUGCUGUCUGACCUGGUGUUCUGCCUUCUGAUUGGUGGAGAGCUGGGCAUGGCCCGCCUCCUGCACGCCAACAUCCUGUCCAAGAUGGAGGAGAGGUGGAAGCUGAUUGGCUCCCCUCAGUCGCUCCGCCCCCUCGCAGCUAAAGGCGUAGCUGCCAGGCCAGGAACUCUGCUGGACUUCAGGAGUCAGGACCUGGCUGAACAGCUCACCCUGCUGGACUCGGACCUGUUCUGCAAGAUCCAGCUGCCAGAGGUGUUGCUUUGGUCCAAGGAGCAGAACGAGGAGAGGAGUCCUCACCUGACGGAGUUCACUCAGCACUUCAACAACGUUUCCUUCUGGGUGCGCUCCGUGGUCAUCCUGCAGGACAAAGCUCAGGACAGAGAGAAGCACCUGCUGAAGUUCCUGAAGGUGAUGAAGCACCUGAGGAAACUCAACAACUUCAACUCCUACCUGUCCAUCCUGUCCGCCCUGGACUCCGCCCCCCUGAGACGGCUGGACUGGCAGCGGAGCACGGCAGAGAGCUUGGAGGACAUGUCCUCGCUCAUUGACAGCUCGUCGUCCUUCAGGGCGUACCGUGCGGCGCUGGCGGAGGCGGAGCCUCCCUGCAUUCCUUACCUGGGGCUGAUCCUGCAGGACCUAACCUUCGUCCACCUGGGAAACCCUGACACCUUGACCACAUCACUGGGGUCAAAGGUGAACUUCUCCAAGUGCUGGCAGCAGUUCAACAUCCUGGACACUCUGAGGGGAUUCCAGAGGGAGCGGUACUCUCUGGCGCGGGAUGAUGACAUCAUGUCGUUCUUUAAUGACUUCAGCGAUCACCUGGCAGAGGAAGCUCUGUGGGAACUCUCUCUGAGGAUCCGCCCACGGAACGCUCCACGAGCCAAUCAGAGAUGAGCUGUGGAGGAGCAGCAGCCAAUCGGGACUCGGCACAGCUGGAGUCUGCUGGAUGCUAAUGGGCUUUAUGGACCUGGUUCUGACCCAGACUGGACCGGUGCCAGCAGAACCAUGUCAGAAGGGGGCGUGGUCCCUUCUGCAUCAGAAUGUGUUAUCCACCGGUUCCACCUGGUUCUGCUUCAGAGUCCAGUCAGACAGAACCACUUCUCUUACCAUCAGCCUGCUGACCUCUGACCUCUGAUGGUUGAUCAGUUAUUGAUCAGUUGGAACCAAACGGCAGCUCUGCUAAAUCUCAGGUAUUAGUUCCUUCAGAGACGAUUUUUAUUGUUUCAGUGACCCAGUACCAGGAGGUUCUGUCUCAGAUGCUCCUCAAAGCCUGGAGUCACACACACACCACCUGGAGUUACACACACACACCUGGAGACAGCCGGUGACACACUAAAGGACAGCUGGACGGUAGAGGACGUUCACUAAUCAUUUUUCUGAAUAAAUGAUUUGAGCUGCAGAAUUAGUUAAAUAAAGUUUAACCAGAUUUAACUGCUGACUGCUGUCCAUCAGAGGGACUGAGAGGUUCUGACAGAAGACGUCUCUGUUUAGGGCGAGUGAUGCUAAGAAGGGAUCAAGAUGUCAUGAAGCGGAGGAACAGCAUGUGCAGGUCAUGUGACCGGGUUUGAUUUGUUUUGGCUGGUUUCCUCUGGAGGAAGGAGAUGAACUCAAACUAAAUCUGUCAUAAUGAAUAUAAAUUAGAGAAGUGGACGUUUAAAAGCUUUUAUGGAUUUGAGUGUUUUAGACAAUCAGCAAACACAUGGAUUUAUAAUAAACACUAUGAACACAGUUCACACAUUCAGAUGCAACUAAUCCCCGUCUAACGGAAGAUUCCAUUAAUUAUUCAAUAACUAGAAUAUGAGUAUAUUAACAGCCUGUCUUAAUCAAAACUAGCAAAAACGAUUUGAAUGAAAUUAAUAAAAAAAGCUCGGACACGUCAGCUGAAGAGUGCGGAUGGGAGGAGACGCCAUGUUUAAUAAAUCAGCUGUUCCAACA